AUAACAGGAGCAAUUUUGAAAAGCUAAACAAUAUUGUAGGAAAAAAUGGCAGCUAAAAGACGAGCAACCAUGUAUUAUGGAUUAGUUGUUUGCUUUUCUUUCAGAGACCUAGCCCUUUGAUUCAGUAGAAUAAUACAUUUUAAAAAUAAAAUGGAUGACAACCUAUCAGAAGAACCUGUGUCUGUUCAAACUAAUGUUGCUGAACAAGAAGCUGCUGAGGAUCAAGCAGAUUCUUUUAAUGAAGAUGAUGAUAAUGUCCUAAGUGGUAACAGGAAAUCCACUGAAAGUAAAAGUUUUGAUGAUCAGCAGGGAGGGUUUGAUCAGCUUGAAGUGUUCCGGCAACAGUGGCACAAUGAAUUGCAGCAACAGCUCAACCCAAGAAGUCGAGGUCAAAGCCCCAAAGAGAAUCAAAAUGAAACUGCUCAUGCCAAAUCAAAUCAGAACAGUAAUCUUGAAAAUGAGGCUAGUGCAUACUUCAUGCAGGGUAUGCAAGCAGAAGAUGAUGGCUUGUUGACAGAAGCUAUUUAUUACUAUAGAAAAGCUCUACAAUUGGUUCCUGAUAUUGAGUCAAGAAUAGGAUUAAUGUUCACAAAAGUUCCUCGGGAAAGAGCCAGGCAGGACAGUGAGAGCUCUGUGGAGCUAAAAGAAUCAGAAGAAGAUUUGUUGACUCAGUUUGAGAAAUUGAGAGUUAAAGAGAAAGUGCUUUGUGUUCCUGAAUAUGAGCAAAGAAUGGUCCAUAUUGCCAGUUUGCCUGUUGAGUUGAUUAUUUAUAUUCUACAAUGGGUGGUGUCCAAUGAUUUAGACUUAAAGUCUUUGGAAAUGUUUUCACUGGUGUGUCGUGGUUUCUAUACUUGUGCUAGAGAUGAGAGAAUAUGGAAAAAAGCUUGUGAAAAAGUCUGGGGUGUCAAUCUGGGAAGUUGUAAAAAGUUUGGUUCUUGGAGAAGAAUGAUGAUUGAACGGCCACAUCUUCUUUUUGAUGGAUGUUACAUCAGUAAAGUUACAUAUAUUAGGCAGGGUGAACAGAGCAUGGACAGCUUUUAUCGCCCAUUUCACUUGGUGGAAUACUUUCGCUAUGUGAGAUUUUUUCCUGAUGGCCAUGUACUCAUGCUUGUUAGCCCUGAAGACCCCUUGCAGUCUCUGCCUAAACUGAAAUUAAGAAAUUCCAAAGCCCAGGGAAUGCUUAAAGGUGUUUACAAGCUCACUGAUCAUAAGGUGGCUUGUGUAUUGAAACGUGUCAAAACUGAGACCAUGGCGUAUCGAUACAAGCGUCACAGGCAGGCUGUCAAUCAAAAUGAGUUGGAAAUGACUUAUACUGUUGAUUUUGAUUUAAUGCCCAGUGGAAGAAGACCCAAUGCACAACUUGUCUGGUGCAGUUAUGCCGUUAGUUCAGUCCAGAAGUCAACCGGUGAAGAGAUUAUCAGCAAUUUUGAACUGAAUAAAAGAACCUUCCCUCCCUUGAUCUUUUCUAGAGUCAAAAGUUAUUCAGCUUUAUCUAAUGAACCACUCUUGUAAUCAUUUCACUGUUUUAUCUAGGUGCUUGCACCUCAAAGGUUUGAUCUUAUGUUUUCUAAACAUCUUUAGACAUUAUUUGUUAAAAAUUAUGGACGGUAAUUAUAAAAUUAACAAAAUUAGUAAAAUGUCAUAUUGGUAAAAACAAAAUGUAUUUGCAUUACUUUUUAUUCUUUGGACUAUGGUUGUGAGCUCAAAAAAAAAAAAGAAAAGGUGUUUAAAUUACUCUGUAAAUAUGUUUUCUUUUUCAAUUUUGAUUUUUGUUUUCAAACUUUGUGUUAUAGUGUUACCUCUGUUGAAGUGAGAUUUAAUGAGUUCUGUAUUGGGUAGAUUUUUUAUUAUUAUUUUUUUUUUGUGGUUUUGUUUAUCAUUGUUUUGCAGAAUAUUAUAUGCUAUUGUUCCAUAAAUUAAAGUAUUGUUUUAAUAUUUUUUGAUUGGUGUAAAUUAAUUUUCUAACACUGAAACACAUUAAUUUUAAUACAUUUUUUUUUCAAGAUUUUCUUUUCAAACAUUUCAUUAAAUGAAGUUUUGUAGAUUAAUAAAACUGCAUUAAUUUGAUCUUUUGUAAUAUAUUUUUUAUUUCCAGAAAAUUAUAUAUUUGAAAAAAAUAUUUUGAUUGUUUUUAAUAAUUUCUUUCAGUGCCACAAUGUGAAUAAAAAAAAACCCAACAAUUUUAAGGAGAAUAAUGCAUGAAAUAAUAAAGCUUUCUGCUUUAGUGCAUAAUUAAAACAUUAAUAUAAAACACACAAGAUUAAAGUAAGGCUGGAUUAUUUAUUUUUGGUACCAUAAGAAUUUUUUUGUUUUUCUCUUCCAAAAACUUCUAUUUUUUAAAUGAAGUACAUCUAUCUUUUCUAAAAGUUCACAUAGCUACAAUCAUUUGUUCUUAUAAUGAUUGAUGACUUGACUUGUACUGUUUUUAAAUUGAACCAGAUAUAUAUAUAUUUCCUUUUAUUUCUGUUGACUAGCUUCACUACUUCCCAACUGUCCUCAGCUACAGUACACAGAUUCCUGCAGUUUCAGAAGAUGCUAAUACUCCUACAUAACACAUAAUGUCAUUGUCCUGUUCUGUUCAUGUUGUAAACAUGCAAUCUGUAAUAAACUAAUCAAUCAUCCCGGUUGCUGUGGAGAUAUUACAUGUAUUUGGCAAUGUUGUCAGAACAAUUACUUGUAUAAUUCAAGUCUGGGUUCAUGCCUCUUUAAAUAUAAUCGAUUUGGUGUUUAGUACGGUAUUCAUUAUGAUUUUAUUGGACUUGUUUCAAGGGGAGUUGUAUAUAGUCUCUAUGUGGGGAUAAUUAAAGUUUUUAGUUGAAGUUCUAGCCACUUAUUACUAUUGACGUAAGGCAUUGUCUUCAAUUCUGAAGAGAUAAAGGUGAUUGCAGUAUUUCAUGUGACUACACAACACAGACCUAGUUGCAACCUGCAUAUUUUGUGACAUCUAUUGGAGAGAAAGAUUUUGUUUGUUUUACAUGCGCUAUUGACCAUAUAUAUUAUGGUCUUUGAAAAGACUUUCAUUAUUACUAAUAAGCAAGAUGUGAUUUUUUCCUUUUUAUUUUCAUCUUUGUGAGUAAAUAAUUCCCAUAAUUAUAGCUUUUUAUAUAGCGCUACUUUCAUGCUUAUAGCUUGCUCAGAGCCCUAUGGUUCAAUCUCAUUUGUGGACCAGUGGGGGGAAGGGGGUAUCUGGGAGAAGGUUUUCCGUGCUGCCUUUAGGCACUCAGUAAACGCAACUCUGCCUGAGUAGGGUGUCGAACCUUGAGCCCUCUUCAUAGAUAGCCAAGCCAAUUUUGAGAAUACUUUGCCUCUUGACCAGCCUUCCCAUUACAAUUAGUACUAUUAGUGAAAGCAUAAUUUUGCUGAACUUUAUGUACAAGUUAUGAAUCCUGGUUUGGAAAUCAAGCUUGAUAUUUGCCCCAGAAAUUAUGAUGUUAUCCUUUUGAAUUGUUCAUGGUUAUGUGUUAUCAUUAGGUUUUCAUUUUAUUUAUAUUAUACACAUAAUUUACCUUUGAAGAGUUUGCAUUAUGAGAAUAUUAAAUAUAAUUUAUUUGAAA